UGCAUACUAGCGAACAGAGAUAAGCCAAUUAAGCUAGCACACGCAGGCCCCGGGUACGUAGCAAUGUCGUGCAUGGGAGCAGUCGCCACCGUGCUGAUGGUGCUGUGCGCCGCCGUGUCCUCUGCGGCAGCGCAGCCGCGCCGCCCGCUGCCCCCGAACUCCCUCGUGAUCCACCCUGGACGGUUCGGCAAGAGGGCUCAGACUCUCACCUGCGACUUCCACCCCUGCGUGGCCACCUGCCCUAAGCGCUGUCCCGAGGAGUGCUUUGUUGUCUGCUCCUCCUGCAAGACAUACUGCUUGUGUGACUUCUACCCUGGGUUUAUCUGCGGCGACCCCCGCUUCACUGGCGCUGACGGCAAUAACUUCUACUUCCACGGCACGAAGGACCAGGAUUUCUAUGUCGUCUCUGAUGCCGACCUCCAUAUCAACGCUCACUUCAUCGGCAAACGCGACCCGUCCAUGAGCCGCGACUUCACAUGGAUCCAGGCCGUAGGUGUCCGCUUCGCCGACCACCGCCUCUACGUGGGUGCCAAGAAGACCGCCAAGUGGAACAAUGACGUCGAUCGCCUCGAGUUGGCCUUUGACGGAGCACCGAUUGACGUCGCUGGUGACAUCGGUGCACAGUGGCAGUCCACUGUUGUGCCCGGCCUGACCGUCACGAGGAUCUCCAUGACCAACAACGUUAGGGUUGAGCUUAAGGGUGUGUUCGACAUCAUGACUAAAGUGGUGCCCAUCACGAAGGAGGACUCGCGUGUUCACAACUACGGUGCGACAGAGGAUGAUAGUCUCGCACAUCUGGACAUUGGGUUUAAGUUCUAUGACCUGACUGGCGAUGUUCACGGUGUUCUCGGCCAAACCUACCGCCCCGACUAUAUAAACAAGUUUAACGUGAGUUCUAGCAUGCCGGUGAUGGGGGGUGUAGCAAGCUUUGUCUCAUCCGACAUCUUUGCCACCGACUGCAAGGUCGCUAGGUUUGGCCGUAAUGCCAACAUCUCCAUGGUCACUGCCAGGGCCAACUAAACUAUUUCUCAAGACUUUAUCGGUUAAUGUAAUCGGCAUAAUGGUUGGCCUAGAAAUAAUACGUGAAAAUUGUAAGGUUUAGCGUCAUUUUGUGUGCAAAGCUGCUGGCCUUCUGGAAAAAC